AAAUGGAUUUACGUAUUUUUGUUUUUAUUAUAAAACACAUAGGAGAAAACUAAAACCAGCAGCCGCAACUAGAAAACAAGCUACAGCGUGGAACACCAAAUUUCCUUUUUAUUACCGUUAAUUCGACACGUAGCCUUCACCUUCCCUCUCCUUCUUCUAUCCUCUCCUCACUUCAUACUCGGAUUCUCUCUCUCUCUCUCUCUAUCUCUCAAUCUUGAUUUUAUCCCACAACAAAUAAUUAAACAAAAAAAAAAAAUACCCAAACAAUAGUAAAAUCAAGCACAAUGCACUACUCUAAUUUCUAGGCAUGGCGUCAUUUCCCGUCGGAUUCCCAUUGGCCUCCGUCGUUCUACUUCUCUUUCUCUCCGGCGGCGUCGCGACGGCGACGGAAUUCGACUUCGGCACGCUGACAUUCUCCCGCGUGAAGCUCCUCGGCGAGGCCCACUGGACCAACGGCAGCGUGCGCCUCACUCGCGACCUCGGUGUCCCGAGCUCCGGCGCCGGAAGGCUCAUCUACGCCAACCCCAUCAGAUUCCGGCAGCCGGGGUCGCAGCUCACGGCGAGCUUCUCCACAUUCUUUUCCUUCUCCAUCCACAACAUAAACCCCUCAUCCAUUGGCGGCGGCCUCGCCUUCGUCAUCUCCCCCGACGGCGACUCCGUCGGCGACGCCGACGGAUUCCUGGGGAUCAUGACCGAUGCCGGCGAGCCGAGCGGCGUCGUCGCUGUGGAGUUCGACACUCUGAUGGACGUCGAGUUCAAGGACAUCAACGGCAACCACGCCGGAUUGGAUGUCAACUCGAUGGUGUCGACUCGGUCCGCCGAUUUGGAAUCGGUCGGCGUCGAGUUGACGAGCGGCGAUUUGAUCAACUCGUGGGUCGACUACUCCGGGUCAACUCGGUCAGUUAAGGUUUACGUCUCGUUGUCCAACGUGAAGCCCAAGGAGGCAGUGAUAUCGGCGGAACUCGAUCUCGGCGAGUUGAUGCCGAGUGACUCGGUGUUCGUCGGGUUCUCCGGGUCGACUCAGGGGAGCACGGAGGUUCACACCAUUGAGUGGUGGAGCUUCCGCUCCUCGUUCGAAGACGACCCGAGUCAUGACCCGGCGGCGCCGCCGCCGGAAAAUCCAUCACCGCCGCCGGAGUUUCCCCUGAUGCCGGAGACAUCCAUCCCGGCGCCACCAUCCGCCGCCCCGGCGGCGGAGGUUCAUAACUCGACGACGGCGAAAGCCACGGGGAAAUGCCACAACUCGUUGUGCAAGAGCGGCCGCGGCGCGGUGGCCGGGGUCGCAACCGCGGGGGCGUUUUUCUUGGCAUUUUGUGCCAUCGCUUUCAUAUGGGCCUACAACAAGAAAUUCAAGAAAGAGAAGAAAACGGAGAAUUUUGCCUCGGAUGUGAUCAAAAUGCCCAAGGAAUUCAGCUACAAGGACCUAAAGCUCGCCACCAAAGGCUUCGAUUCCGACCGGAUCAUCGGCAACGGCGCGUUCGGAACGGUUUAUAAGGGCAUUUUGGCGGUGAGCGGCGACGUCGUGGCGGUGAAGCGGUGCAGCCACACCGGGCAGGGGAAGACCGAGUUCUUGUCCGAGUUAUCGAUAAUCGGAACACUUAGGCAUAGGAAUCUGGUUAGGCUACAAGGGUGGUGCCACGAGAAGGGAGAAAUAUUAUUAGUCUAUGAUCUAAUGUCCAAUGGGAGUUUGGAUAAAGCUUUAUUCGAGUCGAGAUUCGUGCUGACGUGGCCUAAUCGUCACAAGAUUUUGAUUGGAGUAGCUUCGGCCUUAGCUUAUCUGCAUCAAGAAUGCGAGAAUCAAGUGAUUCAUCGCGACAUCAAGAGUAGCAACAUUAUGUUGGACCAAGGAUUCAACGCGAGAUUAGGCGAUUUCGGUUUGGCUCGGCAAGUGGCGCACGACAAAUCCCCCGACGCCACGGCCGCGGCCGGGACCAUGGGCUACUUGGCCCCGGAGUACCUGAUCACGGGCCGGGCCACGGACAAGACCGACGUGUUCAGCUACGGGGCCGUGGCCCUAGAGGUGGCGACGGGGCGGAGGCCGAUCGAGAAGGACUCGGACGGGAGGGGCGGCAAUUUGGUGGAGUGGGUGUGGAGCUUGCAUCAGGAUGGGCGGUUGAUGGACGCGGUGGAUCCGCGUCUCAAGAAGGAAUACGACGAGGACGUCGUGGCUCGGGUGCUGCGAGUCGGGCUCGCCUGCUCGCACCCGGACCCGAUUUUUAGGCCGAGCGCGAGGGGCGUGGUGCAAAUGCUAGUAGGGGACGCGGAGGUCCCCGUUGUGCCUAGGAGUAGGCCGACUAUGAGCUUCACCACAUCGCAACUAUUGAUGACAUUGCAAGAUAGUGUUACGGAUUUGAAUGAGAUGAUCACUAUCUCCACCACCUCGUCCGACUGCAGCUUCAUCGGCGGCGGAGGCGGCGGCGGCGGUGGGCUAGACUUGGUCUAGCCGGGAAACUUUGGUUAGGGUCAUAGCCUUUUUUAUUUGUCACUAAUUAUAUAUAUAUUCAAUUGAUUUGUAAUUUAUAAAAGAAUGUAAGUAACACCAAUAAUUUAUUGGCUUGUAACAAUUCACACAUGGCGGGGACCGACUAACCCCGUGCAUAUCUUUUUGCUACACUUUAUGUUAUUUAUACUUGUGCUUUUUUGUUAA